GCCAUCCAGCGCAUAACCCCGCAUGCCCGUUAAAUUAUCCCAUCCAAUCCUAGCCCGACGGCGCUCCGGUCGUGCUGCUUCCUGCUUCCUGCUUCCCCUAGCCACGUUUCCUGCAAUUAACAUCCCAGUCUUGAGGCUCCAUGGGAUCUUUGGCUCGCUCUUCUCUCCGUUCCUUGUUUUCAUUGAAGUCCUCUUUCCCCAUCCCAAGGGUCGCUUUCAGAAUCGCCAUGGCUAGCGUAUCAACAGCUUCGAGUGGAAGCAGCAGGCCCAGUACGUGGCAGGGUGCUGGUGCAGCUGAAUUUGACCUGAGAAGUGAUACGAUGACCAAACCCACUCCGGCAAUGCUCGAAGCUAUCUGCCAGACUACUCUUCUCGAUGAUGUAUUUGGCGAGGAUCCAGUGACCAACGAUCUCGAGGCCUACGUGGCAGAACGCACUCAACAUGAGAAGGCCCUCUUGGUCAUGUCGGGUACAAUGGGUAACCAAGUUGCCAUUCGCACGCAUUUGAAGGAGCCUCCUUAUUCUGUCUUGUGCGACCAUCGUUCUCAUAUUAUCUGCUACGAGGCCGGUGGGGUAAGCUCCCUUACAGGCGCAACGGUAAUGCCUAUCAUUCCGAAGAAUGGUGUCCAUCUUACCCUGGAAGAUGUCCAGAAACAUGCGGUACUCAGUGAUAACAUCCACUAUUGUCCGACGAAGCUCAUUAGUCUUGAGAACACGUUGGACGGGUUGGUUAUGCCUCUUGCUGAAGCUCGGCGCAUUACUGAGUGGGCGCAUCAAAACAGCAUCAAGGUUCACCUGGAUGGUGCCAGGCUUUGGGAAGCAGUGGUGUCCGGGGCCGGCAGCUUGCCGGAAUUUACUACUUUGUUUGACAGUGUGAGUCUAUGCUUCUCGAAGGGCCUCGGCGCCCCCAUUGGCAGUAUAAUUGUUGGCUCGAACGAGUUCAUCAAGAAGGCCCGGUGGUUUCGCAAAUCCAUCGGUGGGGGUGUACGUCAAGCUGGAGUCAUCUCUGCGGCCGCUCGCGUCGCAGUCGAGGAAACAUUCGGACCGGACCCUCAUGGACAGCAAGGGAAGCUUAUCGGAUCGCAUAGGAAGGCAAAGAAGGUUGCCGAGAUGUGGACUAGCCGUGGAGGCAAGCUAUCGCAUCCUGUAGAGACCAACAUGGUGUGGUUGGAUAUCGAGUCGUCCGGACUGGGACCUAAUGAUUUGGCCGAAAUCGGACAGGAGAAGGGCUUGAAAUUGCUGGGUAAUCGCAUCGUUGUCCACUACCAGGUAUCCGACGAGUCCCUUUCCCGAUUGGGCCAGGUCUUCGAGAUCGCUAUGAGUGGGGCACACCAGCGUAGCACGGAUAGCAGUAAACCGUAUGGCAGUCGAUAGAGAUUAGCAGUAGGAUUAGGUCUUGAUAGUCUUGAUCUGAAUUGACGAUCCACGGAUUCAUAGAUGCGGUGGUUCCCGCCCGGCCAGGCAAGGCGCAUCCCCAUUGGCGCAGGCUCGGCAGGGGUGCUGCCUUAUUGGUGC